AAAACUCCAACCAACUACUACUUGGUGUCAUUGGCGCUAAGUGAUACUCUAUUCUUCAUUGCUACCACUCCAACAGAGCUCUCGUCCCUUUUCACGAAAGACUACCCAUUUGGGUCACUAUGUUGUUCGUUGUUCACCUAUUUACCAUAUUUGGCCAUCAACUCGUCGGCGCUCUCCAUCACAGCGUUCACCGUCGAGCGCUUCAUCGGUAUCUGUCACCCGUUUUGGGCCAGAACAAUAUGCACGGUGAAAAGAGCGAAGAUGAUCAUCUGCGGCAUCUGGGUGUUUUCUUUCAUCUACAACUUUCCAUGGCUUUUCCUGUCUGGUCUGAUUAUCGAUGAAGAAGGUGGCUAUUGCGACUUCAAAAUGGGCAGAGAGGACUGGAAAUAUAAGGUGAUGUACGUGGGUGAUUUGGUUGGUUUCUACGUAAUUCCAAUGUUCCUGAAUAUUGUGAUAUAUGCCAAGAUUGCCAUCGUUCUCAGUCAGUGUGGCGAGAAAAUGAAGGGCAAGGAGUCAGUUGCCCAAACGGGCAGCCUCCUGUCAACACCGGUGAUGACGGAAGCGAAGGAGAGUCAUAUCACUGGCCGGCGGAGCUCGUCAAAAGGACGAAAUCAGGUAGUGAAAAUGUUGGCUCUGGUGGUGUUUGUGUUCGCUACCUGCUGGUUACCGUAUCGAGCCAUGGUGGUGAACAACUCAUUUCGGGACGAAAAAUGGAACUCAGACGGGUAUAUCUUCUUCUCAAAGACGAUGAUCUUCAUCAAUUGUGCAAUCAACCCAAUUCUCUACAAUCUGAUGUCAGCCCGCUUUCGUGGCGCGUUCCGCAGUUUAUUCCACGGGAAAGGCGCUCUCAAUCAAAAACAGCGCACUACAACGAUGUCCACGUACAAUCGAUGUACAUCAAUUGAACGAAAAGACGGGAGAAAAAAGAGCGAGGAAACGAAAAAGGAAUCCUUCUAUACAGCUGUUUGA